CACAUCAAACUGUAAAUCUUUCCUAAUCUAUCAGUUGACAGAUCAUAUGAGAGAUGACAUAGAACAUAUCGGCUGAUUUUAGCAAAAAUCCGAUACUCGUUAAUAUGGCUCUGCUUAAUCGUUUAAUAUUGAGAAGCAACAUUAAGCGCAUCUUAUGGACAACUUCAAACAUGAAUUUUUAUAUAAACAAUGUGAAACUAACUUCACAAAUGGAUGAAGAUCAAUGGUUAUUUUAUAAAAAGAAUUGGGAUAAAAAUAGACCCACAUCACCCUGGACUGUUUAUAAACCUCAAUUAACAACUACUUUAUCACUAUUACAUAGAAUAACUGGUGUUGCAAUAUAUAGCUCAUUAUAUUUUGCUGCCUUGGGAUUAUUUGUAUUACCACAUAAUUUUCCUUAUUACAUAGAUCAAAUACAUACUUUGAGCAUACAUCCACAUGUUUUUACAACAGCCAAAUUUAUAUUAGCUCUUCCCAUUAUGUAUCAUAUUUUAAAUGGAACAAGACAUUUAAUUUGGGACUUUGGCAAAGGAUUUGAACUCCCAAAUGUAUACAGAAGUGGAUAUGCUGUAAUAUUGUUGACAGCAAUCACUUCGGCUUUGGUUGCAUUAAAACUUUAAAUAUUUUAAUUUAUCACAAUAAUCUUAAAAUUUAAUAUAUAUAUAUGCUAAAUUAUUAUACUAAAAAUAAUAAAUUUUAAAGUAUCAAAUAUUUUGUUAUCAUUUGUGCAAUUUUACAUUUAUUAUAUUCUAGUGCUUUAUUUUAAGUUAUGGAGAUCAAAUAAAUUGAAAG